AUGGAAACAAAGUUCGCAAAGGUAUUGGAUAGUGGUCGUCUGGCUGUGGUUGGUCUGAAAAGAAAGCGGGCAGUGCGAUGUGAAACAUAUUUUACUGGAGCUACCCGCACGGUCUCACCACUGCGGCCCACCUUGAAUUCAUCCAUUCACAAGCUUGGCAAGAGGAGGAAAUCAAAUGGAAUGAAAACCAAGUGUGGUGCCUGCGUUUCUAACUUCCAAAAAUCUUUGCUUAGAUAUUACUCAAAUUUCAUGAAAAGUGGACUCCCACAACGCUUGAUGUGUUACCAGAACGGUGAAUGGGUUGAUUUCCCUCAGGAUUUUGUUGCACUGGUUAGAAAAGAUUUUCAGGAAAAGAAGGCAGCCACCGAGGUGGAGUUCAAUGAUCAUCUUUUUGUGCUAGACUUUUUGCAUAUGAUGCGAUUGGACUUGAAGACAGGUCUACAGCAACCUAUUGCUUGGAUUGAUGAAACAGGCAACUGUUUUUUCCCCGAAAUCUUUUCUGGCUGUGAUGGAUUUCAUGAAUGUUGCCAUCACGAAAAUAAGAAAGAUCAUGGGUUUCUAAUUUCAGAGCCUCCUGCUUCCAAUGAUAUCAAGCUGCAGCUUGAGAUUGAAAUAAAUGGGUCAGAUUGCUCUAAGUUGAAGGACUCUGAUGGAGAGUCAAAUGCUAUAAUUAAGAAAAUUCUAGUUAACCAGCAACGUGGUUGUAAUGAUUUUGAUGCAGAAGUUGAUGACAGCUGUGUCAAAGAAUACGAUACAAAGGUCGAUGAGGCCUCAUCUGGGAAAGAUCUAGAGAUGGAUGAAAACCUGGUCAAGGUUGAUUCUACACAUGGAGUUCUGGAUUCUGAUAAUGUGCAGGAAAUGUUUUUCAAGGGGAUGCAUUCACUUACAAAUGCAAAGAUAGUUAAAAUAUAUGGUGGCUCAGGUACUUCAAUGCAAGCUCGAUUGGAACUUUUCCAGAAGCAGGUUGAAAUCACCAAUAAGUAUCGUGGGGAUGCAAAUGUCCGAUAUGCUUGGCUUCCUUCUUCAAAAGCAGCAUUAUCUAGUAUCAUGACGUAUGGGCUUGGGCAUUAUGGAUCAUCCAAAAUGAAGUGCACAUAUGGCAUUGGUGUUCAUCUCACACAUGCAACCUACACCUAUUCCAGUGCAACUUAUUGUGAUGUUGACGAAAAUGGGUUACGGCAUAUGGUAUUGUGUCGUGUAAUAAUGGGAAACAUGGAGCUUGUUCUGCCUGGAUCUAAACAGUUCCAUCCCAGUAGCGAGGACUUUGAUAGUGGAGUUGAUGACCUUCAAGAUCCAAAGCAUUAUAUAGUAUGGAAUAUGAAUAUGAAUACUCAUAUCCACCCGGAAUUUGUGGUUAGUUUCAAGGUUUCUUCUGAUGCUGAAGGAUUUCUGGUUGGAAAUGAUAGCAAGCUUGAUACUUCUGGAGUCACAACUUGCGAAGGGCCACAGGUUCAGUUACAAUUAGAUUCCUCUCCAGCCGAGUUGGGAAGCGAUUGCUACAAUGAAUUUGAGCGAUCUCGAGAUAAAGGUGUUAAUCUGGGUUCGAGCAGUACAAGGACUCCUAAAUCUCCUUGGUUGCCAUUCCCUAUGUUGUUUGCAGCCCUUUCACAUAAAGUUCCACCUAAGGAUUUAAACCUUGUCAAUGUUAAUUAUGACCUCUUCAGGACGAAGAAGAUAAAUCGAGAUGAUUUUGUUAGAAAGUUGAGAUUGAUAGUUGGUGAUACUUUGUUGAGGUCUACAAUAACAGGUCUUCAUUGCAAGGAGUUAGCCAUUAGCCAAUUCCUUUAUGGUCUCGAGUCCCAAUUUUGUAGGGAACAAGCAAUAAAGUUCAUCCUCAGCAGGUCUUAA